GUCCAACAUGGAAAGAUCUGGGGAACAGUGUGUGAUGCUGACUUUGACUGGCAGGAUGCUGAGGUGGUCUGUAGGUCCCUGGACUGUGGGGAACCUGCAGAGGUGGUGGGGACAUCCAGAUUUGGUCCAGGAGAGGGACAAGUGUGGGCCGAGGAGUUUCAGUGUCGAGGAAACGAGUCUCAUCUUGUGUUUUGUCCAAAAGCAGCACACAAUCAGAGUUGUGCCCAUGACAAAGAUGUUGGACUGGUGUGUUCCGGGUACACAGGCCUUAGGCUAAUGAAUGGUCCUGACCGCUGCUCUGGUAGAGUACAGCUGAGAUACAGUGGAAAAUGGGGGACUGUGUGUAAUGAAUCAUGGGAUAUGAGGGCCUCUGAUGUCCUCUGCCAUCAACUGAAGUGCGGUCAUGCUGUGGGACAGGCCUGGUUUGGGGAAGGCAGUGGUCAAAUCUGGCCUGACGUAUUUCAAUGCCAUAGGAACGAGACUCGACUCUCCCAGUGUGCUGUGUCCCCAUGGAGUCGGGCAGCCUGCUCUCAUGGACAGGAUGUAGGAGUCAUCUGCUCUGGUUCGUCUCGGUCCCUUUCAGUUGGGGGAGUCAGGCUGCUGUCAGGGGGGAGUGACUGUGAGGGCUGGGUGGAGGUUUUCUAUAACCAGACAUGGUGGAGGAUCCACAAGAAGUCCUGGAGCUUCACAGAUAGUUCCGUGGUCUGCAGACAGCUCGGCUGUGGCUCUGCAGGGAAGGUCCGUCCAUCUGGGGCAGACCACAGGUCUCUCCGGCUGAUGGGAGGUGAUGGAGAGUGUGCUGGGAGGCUGGAGGUUUUCCAUGGGGGCUCCUGGGGUACAGUGUGUGAUGACUCCUGGGGUCUGGCAGAAGCUCAGGUGGCCUGCAGACAGCUGCGAUGUGGGACAGCCCUCAGUGGGCAAAUCCCGGUACCAGCCUACUUUGGCCCAGGAUCUGGACCCAUCUGGCUUGGGCGACUGGGCUGUACAGGAAGCGAGUCGUCCCUUUUGGACUGUCCCUCAGCACGGUUUGAGCAGCAAGACUGUGGUCACAAGGAGGACGUGGGGGUUGUGUGCUCAGAGCACAAGCUUCUGCGUCUAUCUGAGGGCUGCUCUGGCCAUACAGAGGUCUACUACAAUGGAAGCUGGAGAAGCGGGUGCUUUAAUUACAUGGAAAAGACCACAGCUGCAGUCAUCUGUCAUCAGCUCGGCUGUGGAGACAAGGGGACAGUCGAUGAGACAAUCUCCAGGCUCAGUCCUGAACCUACAGGAGAUGAUGGUCUCAAAUGUCGCCUCCAUGACUCCUCACUGUGGCAGUGUCCAUUUUCACCAUGGGGGCAGAACACUUGUACUGAUCGCAAGAUAGCUAAGAUCCACUGCUCAGGCCACUUGCCCCUGAGACUCAUGGGGGGUGCAGACCCUUGCUCCGGCAGGGUAGAGGUGUACCAUAAUGGCUCUUGGGGGACCGUAUGCAAUCAUUUUUGGGACCUGGACGACGCUGCAGUGGUGUGCAGGCAGCUGGGAUGUGGAGCGGCCCUCAGGGCAGAAAGGGAGGACAGUUUCAAGAAGGGAGAUGGUGUCAUCUGGCUGGAUGAGGUGAACUGCAGGGGCAAACUCAUCAAGAGUGAACAUGACCGACUAGAUCCAGCCAUCUAUGAGGAGAUUGAUAACAAAUAUACUAUCCAAGCGACAGAGCAAGCUGAUGUGCUAGACCAGCUGCCCUUAGACUAUGAAGAGGUGGGGGAAACUGAAGGAGACCAUCUGUUAGGCAAGUUAUAG